AUGGCGAGCUCCGCCAUCAGGCCGCGCGUCUUUCUGGACGUCCAUGUCGCAGAGGAACCGGCUGGAAGACUGGUUGUGGAGCUCUUCGCCGACAAGGCGCCAAAAACAUGCGAGAACUUUCGCGCCCUAUGUACAGGCUCCAACCCGACAUUGACCUACAAGAUGUCGCCCAUUCACCGUAUAAUCGACGAGUUCAUGAUCCAAGGCGGGGAUAUUACAAAAGGCGAUGGCACUGGCGGAGACUCAAUAUACGGCGGAGAAUUCGACGACGAGAACAUUGGUUGGAGGGAAAUUGAUACAGCAGGCUUGGUCUGCAUGGCCAAUCGGGGGAAGAACACGAACAGUAGUCAAUUUUUCAUUACCCUAGCUCCUUGCCCACACCUCAAUGCCAAACACACUGCCUUCGGACACGUCGUCUCAGGCCAAGCCGUCCUCGAUCGCCUGGCUGCACUCCCCGUGGACAAGAAUGACAGACCCACUAAGCCCGUACUGAUCGCCAAUUGCGGCGAACUCGAGCGGCGCAAAAAGGCUCCCACCGCAGCAACCUUAGCGGUCAGGCUCCCCAUCCCGCUCUCCAUCGACCUCAGGAGGACACAUGCGGCGCUCGGCAUCGCGACACCACCAUCGGCACAGAAAAUCUCGCCGGUCCAGCUCAACCUCUCGGUCGCGGUCGCGGUCGCGCUCCCCUCCCCCACCACGGGCGAAAGACCGCCGCCGCAGUGA